CAAACGAACGAUCGCUGCAUCGAGUCCGGUGUCGUGUCCGCCGCCCGCUUACCACGUGUUCCAUCUGCGUGCCGCAUUCGAAAACUACCCCCACGACCCGACAGAAAAAAAAAAUGUUCUCGAUAAAACCGGGACUGGACCACUUCAGGGUUUACACAGUGUUUACCUGACCCGGCUCCGGUCGAGAGUGGCCGCAAGGACCGAUAUUUCUAAACGAAUAGUCAAGUGUACCUGUUUAGUGCAAAUAGUUCUUUUUUAUUUUUAUUUUAUUUUUUGAAUAUUACGAAUCGAAAAUGAGUGUUUCGGUUGUACGUGCCUUAUACAUUUUGUGUUCGUUAGUAGUUUUAAGUACGGAUGCUGUGCCAAUGUCGCGCCAGACGAACCUGAUCAGUUUCUGCGACACGGAGGGCAUCCUGACGUCCAAAGAUAUAGCUUUAAUCGAGGGCGGUAACGCACCGUCGAAGACGAUUUCCCUGUCGCCGGAAACCUUUGCCGCCGUCUGCAAAUUGAGAGUCACGUCGCCGAACAACCACGUGAUAAGCAUGCAAUUCGUGGAGUCCACCGUCAAUCUGCACAGGUCCUUGAUGUUCAACAACACCGAAAGACAUCCACCGUGCACUAUGAGCAUUUACUUGCCGGACGAUUCGACCAGACCGUUUUGGGAAGGCGAUCCUUGCUCUCAAGAACCAUUACCUGACGUUGACCUACUAACGUCGGAGUUUGAGGUGGUGUGGGCACCGCCCCCCAAUCCGAACCACACCAAAGGUCGCACCUUCAUCAUAACAGCAAUAGGAAAUGGCAGAAUAUGUAAAGAACCAGGUCAGCACACUUGCAUGCGCAUCGGUCGUCAACCAGUUUUUUGCGUGUCCGAAAAACUUCUGUGCGACGGCAUCCAACACUGUCCGAAGUCAGUGACAAGGAGCGACGAAGCUGAGGAGAUAUGCAACGGCAACGAACAAAAUCCGGCUACGUGGGAACAACUCGCCCAGGAAUUCGCCGUCAAGAUCUUGAAGAAGUUCAAGACGCAACCGGAGGAGCAACAGAGUACAAAGCUUAGCUGGACCAAACCGAAAUACGAUUUUAACUUGAGGGACGGCAGAAAGGGAAUCAAGGAGAACAGUUGGCAGGAAUGGAAGCGAAUCACCAAAGUUACCACCCCAAAGCCGCCGCCAGUCGUUCACGAGGAGAAACCGAAGCCGGCCGACUCGUUGUCCACGAUGCUGUCGAAAUAUGGUCCUUGGGGAUAUCUCAUGAUGGGGUUACUCAUAUGUGGAACGGUUCUGAUGUUCUGCGGACUGUGGGAGUGCUGCAUCAGAAAGCCAAAAACCGAAGCUGACCCGACGAUCAGCACUCAGCCCACGGCUAUUUUGAUCAGCAAUCAAGGGGAAGCUGGAACGGUGAUAUCACCUCCAAACUACGAUGAUUUAGACGAGCCUCCAUCUUACAACACCUUGUUCCCCAAUUUGAAAAACAAUAGUGUUAGUUGUGGGUGUGCGUCUAUGCAAGAUGAGAGCGGAAUGAACGUUAGUGGUACAUCGACAUAUUAUUCAACCUGCGCUGGAUGCAGUAGUAUGAGACGAAGUUCAAAUGUAGAAGUACAUGUUGCUCAAAUAAACAGGAUUGAUGAGUCACAGGGUAGUUCUACAUCUACUGACAGUAUUUCGGAGAUCACGACGGAAAGUUCUAAUCAUGUAUUGGAGCAAACGUAGUUUAUUUAGAGAUUAUUAUACAUCAUCUGCUAUUGUGAUAUAUCGACUGACUUUUAUAUUUUAUCUUGUAUAUAAUAACAAUUAUGACAAUAAUAUUUUUAUAAUAAAAAACAAAUCCACAAUA